AUGGAGUCGGGCACUCUUAGGGAGCUGGAACUCAAGAACUUCCAUUUCCGGAACUUCGACGGGGACCAGGACGACGAACACACCAUAUGGUUCACCAGUAAUAAGCUGACCUACCUGCGCAUCACAGGCCUGACCCAGGAGGUCGGCUUUGCAAUCCACAGCGCCGAGGGAAUGCGGAGGGUUUGGAUUCCCUUCGUGAUCCUGGUCACCAACCGCUUUCGAUUUCCCGUCGACCGCCAUGACGCAUUGCCGACCGCCAAGAAGAGUCUUCUUGACAGACAGCAUGUCGAUGACCAUGAAGCCUCACUCGACCGUAUCGAGUAUCGGCAGGAAACAGAAACUCUUUAUGGUGGCACGAGUGCAAAGGCAAAGGCUACGAUAGAGAAGCAUGUUCGAAGGCUUGCUAGUAAGGAAGUCUCGGAUGACGAUAGUGAGAACGUUGUCAUGGGUGGUAUCCCCGAUGCAGAUCAGGGAUACGAGGAUGACGAUGAGGACCUCGGCGACGAGGUCGACGAGGCGGAGCUUAUUGAUGACGACAAUCAGGCACAUGGACGUGGCCGUAAUGAGCCCCGGGUCAAGAAGGAGAACUCCCCCACCCAGCACCAAGCUGGCGUUGGUCGGCUCGAUCACUACUCUGGCGGUGGUCGGCUUGACCACUACUCCAGCGCUCCUUUCAAGGCCAACCCGGGUAUGGUACACCCGUACACUGGAUACGAUCGACGGGAGGAACAGGAAUCCCCGGUUGCCCGCAUCCAAGUCCUUUAUGGCCAGUCCAACGUACCUAGCCCGCAGGUCAUGGCAGAUCCCUUGGAAGCGAAGGCUUACCUGGAGGGAUUUUCCCUGGGCGGUCGCCUUCAGGAGGCGUCAAGCAUAAUCGCCCCUACAAGUACGCCAGCGAAGGCUGCGAGAACCUCCCGGGCUUCACCAACUUGGGCAGCCUGCUGCAACACGAGCGCGAGGUCCAUGUCCUGUGGCCGACGCCAACAAGCUGCCCACGCUUGUCGCUCCCGCAGCGCCGGCCAAAAUUCCAAUGCCCAAAAUGCUGCAGCAGCAACCCAGCUUCCGCUUGACCGUCGACGGCCUACGAAGCCGCCGCCUGCUUGA